AUGUCGCAUUCACUUCAUAACACCAUACACAACACACACGCCACACUCCAUCACACACACUCAUCCAUCGUUUCGCAUUCACAGAAAUUUCGCAAAAACAAUAAUGCCGCAGCCGUUGCCAAUUCAAAUAGCAUAUUUAGUCAGCGUGCUACCUCCAUACCGGGACACACCAGCAACACCGCAGCAAUGGCCUUUAAGCAGGGCUUGCCCACGGCCUCGUCCAUCUACCAAAGGAACAACAAUAGUCGACGUUUGCAACAUCAUAUGUCUUCGGCUGGUAUGCCGGGUGUAUUGGGUGGUAGUGGCGGUGGUGGUGUGAUUGGUGGUGAGAAGCCGCUAACCUUUUCCACCUCAAAAUCGACAACUGUAAAUGCCAACAACAAUCAGCAUCAAUAUACAAAUUAUACAAAUUGCGACAACAACAAUAGGAAUAGUAGUUAUAAUGCCGGCGCUGCUUCGGCAGUUGCUUCAAAUGCUGUUGUUGGCAGCACCGCCGCAACAGUUACAGCCAGCAUUCCCAAUAGCAACGACAACAACAGUUUUAGUUACAAUAAUUCAUGCAACACAACAGCGGACGCCGAUGACAGCGACGAUCUGUUUAUGAUGAGCGAUAACACUACAACAACAACAACAACAACUAUUAAUUCAUAAAAAUCUUUUUAUUAUAAGGAAUCAUAUAUAAACACAUGCAUAUAUCUAAAUAUAUAUAGCCUAGCUUGUAAGGAUACUUAAAGCAGCGAGUCGAUGUGGUUCACCUAACCACAAAUAUUUGCGUGUAUACAAUUAUAUACGGCCUAUGGCUUAACUCCACAACUCAUUUUAACAUUUAAUUGCAACAAUUGGCAUAGCGUGCAAGUUCAUCGUUUUAAAAUUACACAUACAUGCAUAAAUAUGCUGAUUUAUAACGGAGAGGAUGCUUACAUUGGCGCAAACUCCGAAGAUUUGGCCAAGAGAUUUGGAUUUCAGACACGACACUAAAAGAGCGUUACAUGCGGCACAUAAGGGUCCAUAUACAUACAUACAACGGGCCACCAAUGCUGCUUUAAUUGGCUGAAUGUCCUUCCCAACGUCAUACAUACAAAUGUGUCUAUAUUUGGCCAAACAUUAUGCUAAACAACAUUUCAAUCCUUCUCCUAGAUAGAACCUUCUACUACUACUACUACUCUUAAGCCACUCUACAUGGAUAACAAUUCGCAAUAAUUGUUAUUUAACUCUUUUUUUU